AUGGCGGCAAUGGUGGGCGCGGUGGCGCCGUUUGACAACAAUUCGCAGACGUGGGAAGAGUACUGUGAGGUUUUGGACCAUUUUUUUGUCGCAAAUGAUAUAAAGGAGGCGGAACGGAGAAGAGCUGUGCUACUGAGCUGCGUGGGACCACAGACCUAUGCCCUGAUGAGGAACCUACUAAGCCCGGAUAAGCCAGGAGAGCGCUCCUAUGAGGAUCUGGUAGAGUUGUUAAAAAAUCAUUUUCACCCGAAGACCAGCGAGAUAAUGCAGAGGUGGAAAUUUAAUACAAGGAACAGGAAACCAGAGGAAAGUGUUAGUGACUAUGUGGCGGAGCUGAGAAAGCUCGCGCAGGACUGUAAUUUCAGAGAUACGCUGACGGUGAUGUUGAGGGACCGGCUCGUUUGCGGCAUAAAUGAUGACGGCAUACAGCGGAAGCUGCUGUCGGAAGACAAGUUAACCUUUGACAAGGCAUUGAAGGUGGCGCAGGCAAUGGAGGCGGCGAACAGAGACAUGGUGGAUUUGCAGGGAGCCAGAGAACAGGCAAAAUGGAACCGAGCAUCGGGGUCGGUGCACAAGGUGAAUGAUGUCCACGCCAGGACGCAGCAGGAUGUGAGGACAUGCUACAGAUGCAAGGGAGACAACCACUUGGCAAUGAACUGCAGGUUUGCCAAAGAAAAGUGUCAUAACUGCGGGAAAGUGGGACACAUAAAAAGGGCUUGCAGAAUGAAGGACAUGGGGAAAGGGAAGACUAUGCAGACACAAGAGGUGACAGGAAAAUUUAACAAAAGGGCUAAUUUCAUGCAGGAGGAAGGGGAGGAUAGUGAUAAGGAGGAAGUUUUCACUAUGUACCACAUCAAAGAUAGCAGAAUUACCAUACACAACAUGCAGGAAGAAAUAGUCAUUCCCAGAGAAGAACCAAUAAGACAAGUGUUGACAGUAAAUGGACAGGAUGUAACCUAUGAAGUAGACACAGGCUGUGGCUAUACAAUAAUGUCAGAGAAGGCAUUUUACAGGUUAUUCCGUAGUGGUAAAAAACCAAGGUUGCUCCAGUGCAAGAUAAAACUGAAAACAUAUGGUGGUCAUGUAGUACCAGUGUUAGGAGCAGCAAAGGUCAAAGUGGAACAUGAAGGCAGUGCUAAGAUGUUAGCAGUAGUGGUCGUCAAAGGUUCAGGGACCAGUUUACUGGGGCGAGGGUGGAUGAAAGCUCUCAAGAUGGAUUGGAAAACUGUACAUAAGGUAGAAGACCGAGAAGAACUAUUACAAGAAGUACUUUUGAGACAUGACACAGUAUUUAAAGAUGAGCUAGGGACGUUGAAAGGCUUUGCAGCAAAGAUACAUGUAGCUAGUGAUGCGAAGCCCUGCUUCUACAAGCCAAGGUCUGUUCCUUUCGCGAUGAAAAAGAAAGUAGAGCAAGAACUAGAGAGGCUCUUAGAGGAGAAAAUCAUUGAACCAGUGAAAUUCUCAGACUGGGCAGCGCCCAUAGUACCAGUUCUAAAACCAGACUCCAGAGUCAGAAUUUGUGGGGACUAUAAGAUAACGGUGAACAAAGUGUCACCAAUUGAGCAGUACCCCAUUCCUAGAAUGGAGGAUAUGAUAGCUUGUCUUACUGGGGGGGAGAAAUACACCAAGUUAGACAUGAGCCAUGCAUAUCAACAGAUAGUAUUAGAUGAAGAUUCAAGAAGAUACGUCACAGUGAAUACACACAAGGGACUUUUCACAUACACAAGACUACCCUUUGGUGUGAGCUCCAGCCCAGCUAUAUUCCAGCGCACGAUGGAGGGUGUGCUACAAGGAAUCGAGAAUGUGGCUGUAUACCUUGAUGACAUCAUUCUGACUGGAAAGAAUGACAAAGAUCAUCUACAGACAUUGGAUCAAGUGCUGCAACGACUCCAAAAUGCUGGACUACGCUUAAAAAGGAGUAAGUGUCAGUUCAUGGAGACUGAAGUGACAUUUUUGGGACACAAAGUGGACAAGACAGGGUUGCACCCACUGCCAGCCAAGGUGAAAGCAGUGCAGGAGGCUCCCGCACCUACAUCAGUGACUGAGCUUAAAGCUUAUUUGGGACUGUUGAACUUUUAUAAUAAGUUUCUGCCUAAUUUGUCUAAUGUACUAGCACCUAUGCAUAAGUUACUCCGAAAAGAUGAAAUAUGGGUAUGGGGGCAAGAACAAGAAAAAGCUUUCAAAGAGUCAAAAGAGCUCUUACAAUCAAGCAGUGUGUUAGUGCAUUAUGAUGAGAAGAAAGAACUGAUACUUUCCUGUGAUGCCUCUCCAUAUGGAGUUGGAGCGGUACUAGCUCACCGUAUGACAGAUGGUGAUGAGAAACCUAUAGGGUUUGCCUCACGCACACUCACCGCUGCUGAGAAGAACUAUUCCCAAAUUGAUAAAGAGGGAUUAGCAGUCAUUUUUGGAGUGCAGUAUUUUCAUAAGUAUCUGUAUGGUAGAAAGUUUGUGAUUUGUACAGAUCAUAAGCCAUUGAUAAGUUUAUUUAACGAGAUGAAAGCGGUCCCACAGAUGGCGUCGCAAAGAAUAAUGCGAUGGGCUGUGCUGUUGAGAGCAUAUGAGUAUGUCAUAUUUUACAGGGCAGGUAAAGACCAUGGUAAUGCUGAUGCUCUCAGUCGACUCCCUCUGCCAGAGAAACCCAAGGAGACAGAACCAGAGGAACAUGUACUGAUGCUGGACCGGGAACAGAGCCCCCUGACAACAUCAGAACAGCUACGGUACUGGACAACUAGGGAUCCUAUCCUCUCAAGAGUCCGUGAGUAUGUUCUCAGAGGAUGGCCUGAUAAUGUGGACAGUAACUAUAUGCCUUACAGACAGAGACAACAUGAGCUCAGUGUACAGGAUGGCUGUGUGUUGUGGGGAGCUCGCAUCGUGAUCCCGGAGAAAGGACAAUCUCCUCUGAUGGAGCAAUUACAUCAGUCACACCCAGGCAUGAGCCGCAUGAAAGGACUGGCCAGAGGCUACAUGUGGUGGCCCAAUAUGGACAUAGACAUUGAGAAAAAGGUGGAAGCAAAACAAACUAGUCAGAAAGCAUAUCACGACAAACAUGCUAAAGAACGCAACUUUGUGGCAGGAGAGUCCAUCUACACAAAGAACUAUGGAUAUGGACCAAAAUGGGUACCAGGGCUGAUACAUGAUACUACAGGACCAGUUUCCUACACAGUGUUGCUAGGAGAUGGAAAGCUGGUCAGACGACACGUGGAUCAACUGUUGAGCAGACAGGAGUCGGAGCUGUCAGUUCUGAGUCCAGAGCCGGUGCCAGGGGAGGAGUGUGGGCCACCCACACCACUGCCAAAAAUGCUAGGACAAGACACAGGUCCUGGGCAAGAAGGAGACAGAGUCUUGCCUACAACGGAGCAGGAGCAAGUGAGCAGUACGCCUGCUGGUACUCCAACACCUUUGUUCCGUUCUCACAGGAUCAGGAAACCACCAGCGUACAUGAAGGACUUUGUUCAGUGA